AUGGGCUCUUGUUCUUCAAUUCAAAGAAAACCCAACACAGAUAACAAUAACAUGAAGGUGAAAGUUUCAUUUUUUGGAUCCAAAACUGAGAAAAUUGUGGUUCCUUCAUCACCCAUUAAGGAACAAACAAAAAAUGGUGACUUUGUGUUGUCACCUUCUAAGUCAACGACCAAUUUCAUUAACUAUGGUAGUAAAGAGGAAGCAUUUUUUGAUUCCAAACCUUGGUUGGAUUCAGAUUGUGAAGAUGAUUUCUAUAGUGUCAAUGGUGACUUUACACCAUCUCGUGGUAAUACUCCAAUUCACCACGCUUUUGCUACACCUGAUGUCAACAAAACCUCAUCUCAGAAUAGAGUUUCGCCUUCUCCAUCGGAAUCAUCACCGGAAAAGAAAAAGAAACUUUUAGAGCUUUUCAAAGAUAGUGUGAAAGAUAACCAAGAUGAUGAUAACAAAGAAAAGAGACAAGUGAAACCAACUAUACAAGAUGUUCUUCCUAAAUCUUCACACUCAACCCCUUAUUGCUCAAGAGCUAACUCUACUAGUAGUAGUGAAAGAAUCGCGAGUGGUGAUCGUGUAUCGGUUAAAGAGAAAUCGCAUAAGUCUUUGUUGUUUUGUAUUCCGAGUUUGUCUUCGUGCCGUAGCUCUAGGGAGAGGAGGAGGAAGACAAGUCCUGCAAUUGCGGUUGAGGGCAAACAAUGA